UUGGAGAUUAUUACCCUAUCUAGUGCCAACACCAUGUAUUGUUAAUGUACUAUUAGAUACAGGCAAAAUUGAUAUAGAUAUAGGUAUAAUGGUAUAAUCUAUUCAUAACCAGCCCAGAUUUACAUCAAGUCGAUAUAUCAGACUAUGAAAGCAGAAAAGCUACAAUAACAAUGCUUUAAAUUUUUUAUUAGUUCAGUAAAUGCUGUAUACAAUUUCUUGUUGGAAAGCAGAAUACUGCAAAAGUAACGGGUAACAUUAAAAUCAAGACCCCACCCCCCCUUCAUGUUAGUAUCUUCCCUUGUCACAUGCCCAUGACUUCCGCUAGUGGUGACUUUUAAUCCACUUCCUCCCACUGUACCCAAAACCUUGUGGUGGCUACAAGAAGCCAACAUGAAGUGGAAAACGCCCGCCAUUUUUGUCUUCUGCGUUUGGGUUACGACAUCGCUGGCUGUAGAGUAUAUGACGGACCACUGCGGUGAAGUGUUGCCGGUGGCGGGAGGAGGCGUGCUUGUGUCCCAGCCUGAGGACCAGUACUCCGGGGGGACGGACUGUCAGCUUACCCUGUCCGCGCACUCUGGCAACUACAUCCACGUCACAGUUCACACGAUGUCAAUUAAUUGUAAUGGAGACAGUCUCUCCAUAUAUCGCGGCAGGAGCGUCGCACUUUUCGAGUUGUUGGGCAGCCCAAUUUGCGGCACGUCGCAAAUUGCCUUCACCACGGAGGAAGGAGGGUAUUUCUCCUCUACCAACAAACUGACGUUACACUUCGUCUCCGACAGCAGUAGCUCUCCGAAAGGGUCUGGGUUUAACAUCACCUAUGCUGAGUAUAACACGAGUCCCUGCAGUUCGGCGGAGUUCCCGUGCAGUAAUGCCCGCUGUAUCUCCGCGGACCUAACCUGCGACAUGCACGAUCACUGCGGAGACGGUUCAGAUGAGACCGGCUGCACGAAUGGAAGUAACUCCCAUCUCAGUGCGGGCAAGAUUGUCGGAAUCAUAGUGGGAGUGAUAAUUGUCGUGAUCUUCUUCGCCACUGCUCUAGCUUACUUCACUUGUUUUCGCAGACAUGAUGAUAGUCAAAGUAGCAAGUCGCCGGCUGUGGUGUAUUCUACCCGACAGUACCGUGGGCAAAGAGUCUGAUGCACAACUGCGAGCAAGGGCACCAUCACCAAACCUUACUGUAUCGUUAGAAAAUUCAUUCAACAGAAAAUUUUCCCAAACUUUUAGUUUCAUCAAUAAGACAGUUUGUUAUCACUUAUCAAUUGUAUUUUAGAUAUGUCCGUUUUUUUUAUUAUUGGCAUCAUGUGUUAUAUCAUUUGUUAUUGUCACACCUUUGUGCAAUGAGCACCGAUACUAUUCAAUUUAUAAUUUGAUAACGGAAAUAUGAUUAAGUUUCCGGUACAUGUUGCCGGUGGUCGUGAAAUUAUGUAUAUGUAAGGCAAGGUAUGGAAAGUCACAUUGAAAUAGUUGUGCGUGGUGUUUAAAGUAAAAAUGACGCGGUGGACUGAACUGAAACUGGUUUUACAAACGUACAUGAUGACGAAAAGCACCGACUGUUUUGUACUGAAUCUUAAUCUUCAUAUGAUAUCUAAUUCGAUACUUCUAGUUCGACAAACAGUAGGAAUUUCAUCGGAAACAAGAACUAAGGUGCGCGGGCCGGGCAAGUGCCAUGUAAUUAUAUGGAUAACAUCGUAUGGAAACCCCAAAACUGAUGCGAGCGAGCGAAUAAAAAAGAAUUUGGCAAAAAAAAAAAGUCUUCAUUAUGAAAUCCAAGUUAUCAGGAAGGUUUAACAGAUGACUAAACACGCGGAGUAGGGGGAGGUCCCGUGUUGGAAGGGGUGCCUUGAGCAUGUAAACAGCCGCAUUAUUCAGCUUGAGUACCUACUAUACUAGCUGUAAUAAUACACCAAGGUAAAUAAUAU